AUGGUUUUGAGAACAUUAGAGAACACCAUCAUACCAAAGUAUGAAAUGCAAAUCGUGAUAUAUGCAAGGUAUGUAGACGAUGUUUUUAUCGUAUGGAAGGAAAAACCAAAAUUACAGCAAUUUAUUAAAGACAUCAACGACAACAAAUUCGGCCUAGAAAUUGAGCUGGAACAAGAGAACGACAAAACGGUGCAUUUUCUGGAUUUAACAAUACAAUUAGAUAGAGGAGAUAUAAUUACAAAGAUUUACAGAAAACCUACAUACAACCCAUUAUUUAUACCCUGGAAUUCACACGACCCAGCAGCAUAUAAACUCGCAGCAUUUAGGGCGCUCAUAGCAAGAGCUCAAACGCACUGUAGCAAAAUGCAAGACAGAAAUGAAGAGCUGCAUUACAUCAAAAAUAUAGCAAGGCAAUUUGGGGUUAACAUUAAGCCUCUAACCAACAAAACAUCCAACAAAACAACAACAGAAAGCAAAGAGAGGAACGUAAGAGUUAAUAGAGAAGAGUUUACUAUAUUAGAAUACAGAGCUCAGUUAAAUAAUAUAUAUAAAAGAAUCGGAGCAGCAACGAACAAGAAAAUAAUUUACAAAAGGAAUUCAACAGUGUAUCAAAUGUUAAGAACAGACAAAGACGAGAUAGACGGUAACCUUCUUCCCGGGGUAUACAGAAUUCCAAUAACAGAUACAAGACGGCAAAAAGAGCUAUUUUAUAUUGGGGCUACAAGAAGAUCGCUCAAAGAAAGAAUUAUAGAGCAUAAAAGAAACAUAAGGAAUGAGCAGCCAGCCACAGCGCUAGCGACAUACAUCCUAGCAGACCCUACAGACGUCACAGCUGAGUGGGAUAAGGCAAAGUUAAUACAAAAAAUUCAUGAAAAACGGCAUCUAAAAUACGCAGAAGCGUGGCAUAUUUGUAAAAGUAAUCAAGAAGGAACAGCAAUUAACUUUAGAGAAGCAAGUAGAAUAUCGGAAGCGUGGAGAUCAAGCCUAAUAUAA